ACCACGUUAGUAUUAAUGUUCAGUGGUGUUUUGUAUGUGUUGGGACAGUACCGGUGUUGGAAUAGCAGUGUUUACCGCAGUUUUGUCAGUUGAAGACGUUUUCCGGUUGAAGGUGCGCUGAACGCAGUUCUUGUGUUUUCGGUUUUGCUCUGUGGCAGCGCGCGCAGACGAUUAGGUGAAGUUUGAGAUAUUCAAAUGUAAACAUUCAAACUGAUACUUCCUCUGCUAUGUCACUGCAGAGCUGGUGCACUCCGUCAACCAAAUCUCUCUGCGUCCCAGUAUGGCUCUCAAGCUGUCUCUGUGCCCCGUUUGGAGAGGCCGGUGAAGCGCCGAGUAGGUUUUGGAAUCGUAGGGCACUUAACGUGUAGAGUUUCCACAGACUGAUGUCGGGAACUGGAUAUGCAAACACAUCAGCACCUGCUUGGAGGAAGAAGAGUUAGAAGCAUCGUGGAAAGUUGGUUCAUCACAGAGCAGAUCUGUUUGCAUGAGACAUGACCCAUUCCUGGCCUUCCCAGCAGCCCCCAGGUGGAGGGGGGACAGAACGUUUCCUGUACUCAAAUUCAAAAGACGGAAAACGCAACAGCACUCAGCAAAAGCAAGUAAGGAAUGAUGCACCUAUAAGGAUGCCACGUGUGGCCCCUCACAAGUCCAUGCUUGCUGAUGACCUGAAACUCAGUAGUGAUGAGGAUGACAGUGAUAAGGGACCUCACCAAAUUGAUUCAUGGACUGAAAAUCACAAUCUGUCAGGGCAGCACACACACACACAUGGCAGGAGGGCAAGACAUUCCAGCUCGGGCUCCUCAGGAUCUGAUUCCUCUAGUGAGUCUGGCAGCAGUAGCCAGCGGUCACGCAGCCCAAGCCCAGAAGCACAGACUCAACCUGAGAUCCCCAGCCAGCCCCUGCCUCUUACCUUCAGCAAAGAGAAUAAAGGUUCAUCCCUGACACACUGGCAGCUGGACAAGUGGCUUGAGAAAGUACAUAAAACUCAACAGUCAGAUCACGACCCAGGAGGUCACAGCUCUGGUGCAGGCUUCGAUUCUGAAAGAGGACCAUCUCCAGGAAGAUACUGGGACAGAGAUUCAGGCCUUGGAACAAGAGGAAGCUACAGCCCAAGCCAGAGCCCUGUCCCCAGCCCUAAGUUUGACUACAGCCCAAGGCAUAGUCAUCAAUCUAGUCCAGGAUAUAGCCCUUAUCCAAGCCCAGGAAUUAGCCCUGUGCCAAGUCCAGUGCCCAGUGUUUGUCCAAGCCCAGGAACUAGCCUAAGAAUAAGUCGAAGUCCCAGUCCUUUACCUCUUCACCCACCCAAAAGCCCUAGCCCUAACCUCACCUCUGCUCCUGCCUCUCCAAGAAUCACUUCUCAUUCUCAGGUUCACCUGGAAAGCUCAAGGCUUGCUGCACAGGCUACAUUUACUUCCAGUCCUGUGCAUCCACCUAAGGUCAGACAAUGGUUGCCACCAGACCGUAAUGCUCAACGUAUUAAUGACUCUAGACAGAAAGAUUCUAGACAAACUGCCCUUCCACAGCAUCAUUCCAAACACAACUCAACUCACAAAGAGACUCCACACAAACAAAAAUCCCAAAGCAGUGAAUCUAGAUCAAAAUCCCGCACUAGUCCUACUUCAAAUCACUCGCAGUCAAGCUCCAGGUCCAACCUCAGCCCCAAAACAAAGGCUAGGCACUUGUCUUCCACUAAUUGUAGCACUGAGCGUAGACACAGACCCAGUGAUCAUAAGAGCAAAUUGAGUCACAGUUUAAAUUCCAAACCGAAGCCUAGCCCCACACCCAAACCUAAGGCUGUGACUGAGACAAACUCGGUCCAGAGUUCUAGCUCUAGGCCAUCACCUUGGUCUGCUCCAGAGAUUUCAGCUAGGUCCCACUCAAAACCUCAAAACUCAAGACUUAGCACCAGCACAAAAUCAGACACAAAAUCCAGAGAGGAAGUUGUACCCAGCACUAGGACUUCUCAGAAGGAUCAAAAGCCAAGGGGUCAAGAGCCAGAUUUGCAUAGCCGAGGUAAGGCCCAGGGAAGAGCCCUGGUCCAAAUUACAGAAACUCAAAGUCACAGGAGACUGGCGGAGGAGCAGCUAAUAAGGCAACGCUGGGUCCGAAGUUCUGAGGAAGAGGAGGAGGAAGAGGACAGGAGAAAAGCUCAAGGAGAAAGAGAAAAGAAAAGGAGGAGGAGGAAGGAGCACAAUGCUGAAUGGCAGGCGGUACAGCCCAAGCAGAGACCCCACACCAAUAGUCAGCAUCAGCUGCGAACUGAAUGCAGUGGGCCUGAGCAGGAGGUCAAGAAGUGGAAGAAGAGGAGGAGGAGCAGUGAAGAACACUCCUCCAAUCCUGGAGUUGUAGACUCCAACCCUUCUCCUCCAUUGUCCCCACCUUCGCCUACUCCUGUUGUCCAGCCCACACGUCGGCCUUUUACCUCUUCUUCCUCUUCUUCCUCCUCUUCCUCCUCCUCAUCUUCCUCAGAAUCAGACUCUGAGCCUAGUCCGCCCCCAAAUGUUGCUAAAGUUCCUGCAGACUCUACAUCCAAUCAGAGACCUGCACCAAAGCAAAGGCAUCAGGAGCAACGUCGACCUUCGGAGUUGAGAUCAAAUGAUGCUUCUCCAGAUGAAGGACAACAGCGUUCGGGCAGACACAAACUCUACACACUGGUGCCAUUUGGUCGUACAGAGAAAUCCACUGCUGUCUCUCAUCGAGGACUGAGGAAUCUGGUAGUCAAGAUAGACCUGUCACUUCUGGCCAGAGUCCCUAACACAAGUGAGGUCCCACGCAGGGGGUCUUCAUCUUCAUCAUCCUCUUCAUCUUCUGCGAAAGUUAAAGAAAAGAUCUCUAUGAGACAUCAGUACUACCAAGACCACGGACCUGGAGAUGCCAAAAGCAAACGGAAGGCUGAGAAUGGAGAGGCUCAAAGGGAAAGUAAGAGAAGCCAUGUUCACUCUGAAAAGCUCCCAGUUUCCACACACUCAGCUGACACUGAAAAGAAAGAGGCUCAGUCCAACAGGCAGAAUGACAAACAUGUGGAUUAUAUUUACACCAAGAAGCUACUGUCCCCACUCUCUCCUCCAUCCGCUUCAAAGAUGCAGCAUUCAGACCAGCAACAUACAAUCCCACCAAGAGACAGAGACUCCACCGUGAAAAAAUCACAGAUACAGAAACCUCUCCCCAAGAUUGAAGCAGAGUGUGCUGGAGUGUCAGAAAACACACAGCCCUCUUCGGGAACCUGGGCUCCAUCUGCAAAGGAACUGUCCUACAGACGAACUGUGCCUUACACUGAUGUCUCACACCAUGCAGAGUACUACAUGCAUGAAGCUAAAAGAUUGAAGCAUCGAGCUGAUGCUAUGGUGGAUAAACUAGGUAAAGCUUUGAAUUAUGUGGAUGCUGCUUUGUCCUUCAUGGAGUGUGGCAAGGCCAUGGAAGAAGGCCCUUUGGAAUCUAAGUCCCCUUAUACCAUGUAUGCAGAAACUGUGGAACUCAUAAGAUAUGCUAUGAGACUAAAGAGCCACACAGGCCCUGGAGUCAGGCAGGAGGACAAGCAGUUGGCUGUACUUUGUUUCCGCUGUCUUGCUCUUCUAUAUUGGCAAAUGUUCAGAUUGAAAAAAGACUAUGCCCUAAAAUACUCCAAAGCUCUGACAGACUACUUCAAGACUUUACCAAAAGUGCCUCAUACACCACCUCCCUGGAGCGAUGGCACAAAGGGAAAUGUGCCUCCAACUUGUAUAUCCCCUGUUGGAUUAACUGGGUCCCAAGCUGUCGGCUCUAUCACCUACCCUUUCAUCAACAUUCCCCAGCGCAUCCACCAGAUGGCAGCAAAUCAUCUCAAUAUCACCAACAGUGUGCUGUACAGUUAUGAAUACUGGGAAGUAGCUGACAACUUGGCCAAGGAAAACAAAGAGUUCUUUAACUACCUGAACACACUGACCGGACCUCUGACCCUACACAGCAGCAUGGCUCAUGUUGUCCAGUACACAAGACAGGGGCUACAGUGGAUACGGAUCAGUGCCAAUUUGUCCUAGCUUUCAGACACAGUCACCACAUUGUUGGCUCCAAUGUAUUACACACUGUAACCUAAACCACCAUUCAGCUUUUACCAACCAGCCACUUACCUUUACAUUUACCUUUAACUUGUUUUAAGAAUCCAUUUGUCUAUUUGUAAAAUAAUCCACUUUUACGAUAUUACCGGACCUAAGAGUCUCUUGUGAAGAAGUUAAAUGAAAUGCUAUUUUUUUUUCUUGACAGCAUUAAGUCAUCAGGGAAACCUUGUGUCUUUAUAAGAUAACAGCCCACAAUUAAAGGACACAGAAUUAGAUAUUUCUAAGGCUUUUUUGUGGAGAUGUUGUCCCAUGAGAAAGUAUGAAUAUCUGUAGCAACGUUCCAUAGGCAUACUUCAGUACAAAGAGCGUUAUUUUGCCAAAUGUGCCACAUUUUUAUAAAAUGUGGUGAAGAAACAAUUUUUCAAUUGCAAUACUAUGUGGAAUGAUGUGGAUUAAAAAUAGUGAAGUGUUUUAUUUCAAUAGCUCUUGGCAUUGGCCAGCAUAUGUAUGCAAACAGGACACUUUUUGUUAUCAUAUUUUUGUAUUUGUAUGAUGUCCUUAAUGCACUGUGAAUGUUGUUAACAUUUUUUUUAAAUGACUUUUAUAAAG